CUAUGACGGUGCGGUGCCACGUUGAAAGUCAUUGAGCUCUUCAGUACUGGCCAUUCCACUGCCAAUGUAUUCCCAAACCUGCAUCCUUUUUUUGCAAUAAGGUACUGAAGUAAAACUGCCCAAAAAUUGGUGAAGUAAUUAACUUUAUGUCCUGAAUACAAAGCGUUGUGGUUGGGGAAAAUCCAUGACUUAGUACCACUCUUCAUAUUUUCAAGCAUGGUGUUGGCUGCAUCGUGUUACGGGUAUGCUAUUCAUUGGCAAUGACUAGGGAAUUUUUUUAUGAUUAAAAUAAAUGGAAUAGAGCUAAGCACAGUCAAAAUCCUGGAGGAAAACCUGGUUCAGUCUGCUUUCCAACAGACACUAGGAGACAAAAUCACCUUUCAACAGGACAAUAAUCUAUAACACAAGGCCAAAUAUACAUAUAGUUGCUUACAAAUGUGACAUUGGAUAUUCCAGAGUGGCUGAGUUACCGUUCUGACUUAAUUCGGCUUGAAAAUCUAUGGCAAGACUUGAAAAUUGCUGUCAUGCAGCUCAAUUAAAAAAAAUAAAAAAUGGGCAAAUAUUGUACAAUCCAGGUGUGCAAAGCUCUAAGAGACUUAACCAGAAAGACUCACAACUGUAAUCGCUGCCAAAGGUGAUUCUGACAUGACAUAACACUCAGGGGUGUGGAUUCCUAUGUAAAUUAGAUAUUUCUGUAUUUAAUAUUCAAUACAUAUGCAAAAACAAGUUUUCACUAUGGGGUAUGUGUGUAGAUGGGUGAAAAAUACUGAAUCAAUUUUGAAUUCAGGCUGAAACAACAAAAUGUGGAAUAAGUCAAUGGGGUAUUAAUACUUUCUGAAGGCUCUGUAUGUGUGCUGUGCAUGUAUGUACUGUAAUAGAAUAUAGGCUAUGUAUGUGAAAUGUGUAUGUAGGCUAUGUGUAUGUAUUUGUAUGUAUUUAUUUUUCUGGAUUUUCUUGGCAUUUCACUGUCUAUCUAGGGACAAGCACUGAUAAUUAGCGCAAGCUAAUGUGUUAUGGUGCAAUGCAUUUUACUGUUGUAAAUGUAUCAUUGGUAUUGCAGCUCUCCCUACCCAAAUGAUAUGAUCAUAAUAUAAUUCAUUAUAUGCAAUUGUACUUCUAAUCCUAUUUGAUCUUUUUUUUUUUAACUACAGUACACAGUUGAGCUGCAUAGACCACACACUCCAAAUGCAUUUGAACUUGAAAUCCAACAUUCUGCUUGCAGCAACUUCCCGAAAGUCUCUGCCUCCACCUGCUGAUGGAUAAGUAAAAGUACGGAGCGAAGGACCUCUAUAUGUGCACUCUCUCGCUCUCUAGCUUUCGCUCUCUCCUCGAUGAAUGAAAUCCACCAUCGCCACACCUCCAAGCAAGGACUGUCUCGAGCGCUGCCACUUGUCUCAACCACAGGUAUGCGCCUCUCACUCAACUCUGCGAAGACGUUAGUCAACAAAUGCCGAUACUUGGUGCUUUUAUCAAAAAAAUUCCCAUGUGAAUGAAUGGAACAUAUUUUCAAACAAGAUAUCGCUCAAGAGUAUUUGCUGAACAUAGCUGAGAAGUUCACAUUUGUGAAUAACUGAUUUAAAGCCUGACCAUGGCGACAAUUGGAGAUUUCGACCCGCUCAACUCAACGGUACCUGCGACCAAGAUUGAAGUUACAGUCUCGUGCAGGAACCUGCUGAAUAUGGACACUUUCUCCAAAUCAGACCCUGUUGUAGUGUUGUACGUUCAAGGCAUCGGGACAAAGGAGUGGAGAGAGUUUGGCCGAACGGAAGUGAUUGAGAACACGCUGAACCCGGACUUUGUGCGGAAGUUUGUCCUGGAUUUCUUCUUCGAGGAGAAGCAGAAUCUUCGCUUUGAUGCGUACAAUGUGGACACCAGAAGUUCAAACAUUUCAAAACAUAAGGACUUCCUGGGCCAGAUGUUCUGCACUCUGGGGGAGAUCAUCGGUUCCACAGGCAGUCGGCUGGAGAGAAUCCUCUCUGGGAUCCCAGGGAAAAAGUGUGGGAACAUCAUAUUCACCGCUGAGGAACUGAGUAACUGCAGGGACAUUGCUACCAUGCAGCUGUGUGCCAACAAGCUGGACAAGAAAGACUUCUUCGGCAAGUCAGACCCAUUCCUGGUCUUCUACCGCAGUAAUGAAGACGGAACGUUCACCAUCUGCCAUAAGACGGAGGUGGUAAAGAAUACUCUGAACCCUGUGUGGCAGCCCUUCACCAUCCCUGUACGAGCCCUCUGUAAUGGAGACUAUGACAGGACAGUCAAGGUGGACGUGUAUGAUUGGGACAGAGAUGGAAGUCAUGACUUCAUUGGCGAGUUCACCACCAGCUACAGAGAAUUCUCCAGAGGCCAGAGCCAGUUCAACGUCUAUGAGGUUCUAAACCAUAAAAAGAAAGGCAAGAAGAAGAAAUACAUCAAUUCAGGGACAGUCACACUGCUGUCCUUUAAAGUGGAGUCAGAAUACACGUUUGUAGACUUCAUCCGGGGAGGGACGCAACUCAACUUCACAGUGGCCAUCGAUUUCACAGCGUCUAAUGGUAACCCAUCCCAGCCCACCUCUCUGCACUACAUGAGUCCCUACCAGAUGAAUGCCUACGCAAUGGCCCUGAAGGCUGUGGGGGAGAUCAUCCAGGAUUACGACAGUGACAAGAUGUUCCCUGCCUACGGCUUUGGAGCAAAGCUGCCCCCGGAUGGCAAGAUCUCCCAUGUCUUCCCACUGAACUCCAACAGUGAGAACCCAAACUGUGUGGGUAUCGAGGGAGUGUUGGAGGCCUACUUCCAGAGUCUCCGAACUGUUCAGCUCUACGGGCCCACCAACUUUGCUCCUGUCAUAAACCAGGUGGCACGGUGUGCUGAGGAUGUGACUGACGGAUCCCAGUACUUUGUCCUUUUGAUGAUCACAGACGGAGUCAUCUCAGACAUGGUGCAGACCAAGGAGGCUGUGGUCAAUGCUGCCGCUCUGCCCAUGUCUAUCAUCAUAGUGGGAGUGGGUCCUGCUGAGUUUGAUGCGAUGGAGGAACUGGAUGGUGACGAGGUCAGAGUGUCCUCUAAGGGGCGCAUUGCCGAGCGAGACAUAGUCCAGUUUGUGCCUUUCCGGGACUACAUAGACCGCCAGGGCAACCAGGUGCUGAGCAUGGCACGGCUGGCCAAGGACGUGUUGGCAGAAAUCCCUGAGCAGCUGCUGGGUUUCAUGAAGACAAGAGACAUCGAGCCCCGGCCCGCCUCCUCCACCACCACUACCACCCCGCCAGGACUCCACAAGCUGCGCAUCUGAGAGAGGGGUUUGGGUGGGGGUCUUUGGUUCUUGGGUUUAGAGACAUUGUUUGGACCAUUUUCAGUUGCAGCAAAUACCUGAAGAGACACACACUGAAGCCGUUGGGGUACACAUACGCACGCACACACGCACGCACACACACACACACACACACACACACACACACACACACACACACACACACUGCAGUAGCGAUUUCCUGCCUGGUGAACACCGCCAUGCUGUGAUGUAACAACUGUACAGCUUAACAAGGGUCAAAUGGAGCAUGACCUUUGGAGUGAGAGCUGUUGGAAUUGCUUCCGUGGUUGCCAACCCCUCACUGACCCCUUAGCUUCUUUUUAUAUGCAGGGGUCAAGGAACAGUCACCGUUAAACGUUGUAAAAAGCAAGGGUUUGUGGGCUUCUCAACAGACAGAAAGAGCGAUCGAUGUUCACCUUUUUUCCUAUGCCUCACUAGCCACGCAUGCAAUGGGUGUUUCAUUCUCACAUCUUUUGUGGUCCAAACAGAAACAAAUUGGCCACUUGGGUUGCAAUGGCAGUACUUUACUUUAUCCACUCUCUGGCCAAUGUAUAUGUCCAUGUGUAUAAUGACACUGUACAAACAUUGAAGAAAGUGCGACAGCCGGUUAAUAUCCAAAACAAGUGAAAGGCACAGAAAGUCUAUUCAUGUUUGGUUUCUUCUCAGGGCAUUUCUGAAAGCUUUUGGAUGAGUUUCGCAAAACAAGGGAGACGGUAACAAGAUGACGUCUCUGGACAGUUGAGGUCUCAGCCUCGGCAUCUGGAGUCAUUGGGUGUUUCUCAAAAUGCAUACUACCGUGCUCCGAGCACACACAUUGGAGCACGGGAGGGUCAUAGUAUGAGUUGAAAUCAAAGUAUGCGAAACGGAGCACAGAGGGCACUUCUGGAAUGUGUGCUCCUUUUGUACUUAUUUUGAAGUAUGCAUCAAUGCAAGCUUCAACGGAAAGUAUGCAAAGAAAUAUGAUGCAACCACGUAAAAAAUGACAUAAAAUGUAUUGAAAUCAAUGGUGGCCAUUAUUUGAGCUGAAGCGAGAGAAAAUACACUCCUAUUCAGAAUGAAAUGUUGCUUAUUCACAUCUCAUAUGUUGCCUGACUAUAAUAUUUUAUUUUGAUACGUACGUUAAUAAAUACAGGCGGUGUUCAUUUUGCCAUGUUUAUCUGCCUACAUACCAUAUAUCACAUGCCCAUAAUAGGUCAAUAGGGCUAACUGGCUAGCAACUAGUACUGUUAGCUAGCCAGAUAGCCACAAAUAAUUGUUAGCUAGCAACCCACAAAGAAUAUAUCUCACAUAAUAUUAGUUUUAGAUCAUUUUUGCAUGUUAAAAUAUCUGGUUAGCUACAUUAUUAUGCUAGCUGAUAGUUAUGAAGUAAAAAGGUUGCUUUGUGUAUAUCUUGUUUCGUUACUAUUGCCAUUGUUGACCUGACUGGAAGACGGUUCAGUGAAUGGGUAAGUCCAUAGUAAGUCAAUAGGGCUAACUGGCUAGCUAGCUAGCCAUGAAGAAUUGGUAGCUACCAAUGAAAUAUGUACAGUUGAAGUCGGGAGUUUACAUACACCUUAGCCAAAAACAUUUAAACUCAGUUUUUCACAAUUCCUGACAUUUAAUCCUGGCAACAA